CGAAUACCGGUUACCACCAAAUUCCAAAUCCGAAUACAAGGCACUAGGCAGAGGCCUUUAUUAUUAUUUCACUUUCAUGGCUUUUGCUUCAACUUCAUAACUGUUCAUAACUGUAAAAACAAGUGUUAUGUUAAUUUCGAUCGGAUUUUUCUUAUUUGUAACUUAACCCAAAAGCCAGAAUCUCGCAUAAUUUGUGUAUAGGAAUUUGCAGAAUUUUACUUAGAGCUAAUGAAAAUGGCGGAUGGAGUACAAAUAUUGAGGCGCAAUCGGCCUGGUUCUAAAGCUAAGGAUUUUUGCCGUUGGCCCGAUGAGCUUUUUGAAGAAAUGGAUAGCACUUUGGCAGUGCAACAAUUCAUACAACAAACUAUUCGGCGUGACCCUUCUAAUCUUGAAGCUAUUUUAAAAAUGCCUGAGGCUCAGGAUGAAGGUGUAUGGAAAUACGAGCAUUUGCGACAAUUUUGUAUGGAACUGAAUGGUCUAGCAGUGAGAUUACAAAGUGAAUGUAAACCAGAGACUUGCACACAAAUGACAGCAACAGAACAAUGGAUAUUUCUGUGUGCAGCUCACAAAACACCUAAGGAGUGUCCCGCUAUUGACUAUACCAGGCACACAUUGGAUGGAGCUGCUUGUCUGUUGAAUAGCAAUAAAUAUUUCCCAAGCAGGGUAAGUAUCAAGGAAUCAUCAGUGGCAAAAUUGGGAUCUGUUUGCAGAAGGGUUUACAGGAUUUUCUCCCAUGCAUAUUUCCAUCACCGUGCAAUAUUUGAUGCAUUUGAAAAGGAGACACAUCUAUGCAAAAGAUUUACAUUCUUUGUUACAAAAUAUGCAAUAAUCUCAAAGGAUAUUUUGAUUUUGCCAAAACUUGACGAUGAGGUGCCUAUAACACCUGCAGUGGGUGAAUCAGAAGCAUGAGGUUACAAGAAAUAAAUGUGUAUUGUCAUACACAUUUAUAUAUCUCAGACGAACGACAAAAUAAUAUUUCAAUAAUUUAUUUGAACAAACAAGCCCUUAAGUGAAAGGGGACUGGACUUAUUGAAACACAAUAAGUGUUGAAGUGUCAAAAUGGAAAAAACCUAUACUAUGAAAUAUAGGUGAACGUAAAAUAGAGUAUAUUCCAAUUUAAAUAAUGUUUUAUCUAAGUAAAUUGUAGUUUCUAGUAUAACAUUAUUGUGGUUCACUAUAUCUAAUGUAUUAGAUAUUAUGUAGAAAGCUAUUGUAAAAUUAACAAAAAUGUGUACUUUAGAUUUCAUUGUAUGGAUGUCUAUUUAAUUGCAGUAUCUCAGUGGAUAGAAAUAGAGUUCUUAUAUAUUAUACUUA